AUGUCUGCAGAGUCGCUGGCUCUUUCUGACAGAGACGCUUUCAAUACCGCCUUCACCAAGAACUUCAUUGUGAUGGCGCUCGGAUGUUCCAUUAACUACAUCAACAGCGUGCUCGUGUUCACGUUUUUCAAACACCACGAGUUCAGGAACAACCCCAGGUACAUGCUGUACAUACACCUGGUGUGCAACGACAUCCUGCAGCUCUCCGUUUCGGUCAUCCUGCACGUGGCCACCUACGCGUGCCCGCAGAUGAACGCUUCUCUCUGUGCGGCCCUGGUGCUGAUCGCCAGCUUCACCUCCAUGAACACCCCUCUGAACCUGGCCGGCAUGGCGGUCGAGCGCUACAUCGCCAUCUGCAACCCGCUGCGCCACGCCCAGAUCUGCACCGUGCGCAGAACCUACAUCCUCAUCGCGCUCAUCUGGGGCGUGGGAGUCGUCCCGGGGCUGACCGACCUCGUCCUCGCCUUACUCUAUAAGCCCCUGACCUUCUUCCACACCAAUCUCAUGUGUUUCCUUCAGAAUGUUUUUAACUCUCCCUACCUGGCAGUUACCAAAACAGCCACUCACACGCUGUACAUGUCCUUCGUGUGGCUGACGCUGAUCUACACUUACCUCAGAGUCCUCCUGACAGCCAAAUCCGCCAGCACCGACCCGGUUUCGGCCCGAAAGGCUCGGAACACCAUCCUGCUCCACGGGGCCCAGCUGCUGCUCUGCAUGCUGGCCUACAUCUCCCCCACCGUGGACAUGACCUUGCGGGCGUAUUUCCCGCAGUACCGCACGCACAUCAUGUUCUUCACCUACAUCAUCGCCUAUAUCUUCCCGCGGUUUCUCAGCCCCAUCAUUUACGGGAUUCGUGAGAAGAAGUUCAAAAAGCAUUUGGGUCGGUACCUCUCAUGUGGACUGAUAACAGUUAAAAUAAAACCCACAGAAUAA